GCUCCUUUGGAAUUCCUUCUUUUGGCUUUAAAUAUUCAUUUUCUUUGUAUACGCUCCUAGUAGACUUACUUGAUUGAGCUGUAUGCUUCGAUUGAACGACGACGAGCAUCCUAAUGAGUAUGUAGUCUUCAUAACAGCAAUCAAAGAUGAACAGGAACGAUUUGCGAAAGAUUACUUGAACCGAAUUGCUGCUAUGGUGUUUCCAAUUAUGAAGAACAACGGAUUCGGUGUAACAUCUUUGGACGAAGUGACUUAUAAUUCACAAUUUUGGGGUAGAAAUUGGAACAAAGGCGAAUGCGUGGAAUUAGUUUUGCGAGAUGCCCGUGGAAGAUGGCUUCCUUUUGAGUUUGUCAUGGAUGUGUUUUUGCAUGAACUAUGCCACAUUUGGCGUGGCCCUCAUGAUAAAGUUUUUUAUAAUCAUCUCGCUCGUUUGCGUCAAGAAUUAACAGAACUUUAUGCAAAGAGUUAUAAAGGCCCAGGAAAGUAUAUGACAUGGGAUUCAUUUCCUCUGGCCGAGGUAGUUGGAGGACUUCGCAGUGUUGCUUACCAAGGAGUGACUUUAACGCCAAGUGCUCCUUAUGGUAUUGAAUUGUGUGGUGGCUCUCUUCAGAGAAAACGGAACAAACGCCGUGCAACGGGAUCACGUGUAGGGAAACAAAAGUCUACAAAGGUAGGACAAAAACUCGGGUCCGAUUUGGAUGAACGUAAGAAUAUGCUUCGCUCAACGUCGAAACCUCAAGCAAAAAGUAAUCGAGGAAGAGAAGCAAGACUUCUUGCUGCAGUGAAAAGAACUGGCUCAGAAUCUCAAGGCUCUACAGAAUUACCUCCUACAGCAAAACAAAAAACGUUGAACAACUUUAUUGUCAUAGACUAGUCCUUUUCUUUCUAUAUUUAAUUAUUUUCCUGUUCCCUUUUUCUCACUGUCUCUCUUCUUAUCCAACAAUGGCUCACUUUUAUUUUUACGUGUACAGUGCUUGGCUCCUUGAAUGAUUUUGAAUUUGCAUUGCAUAUUAAUACCCUUGUUCUUCUUAGACACUUAGAAUUACCCUUCAGUUCCCUGGUACAAGUCAUUUUCGUGUAUACGGCUAUACGCUUUAUGACUUGGGUUGUCUACCACAACAAUGGACUUGAAAGUCCAUAUUUUGACUAUAAAAUUUAUUUUCUUAUAAAAAGGAGAAGAAAAAAAAGAAGACGAGUAAAUCUCACAAUGCUCUACCACAAAAGAGGACCGUCUACUUAAGCUUAGGUAGUAAACGUAGCAAUACAAAGCAGAAGAUUUUGUAUAUCUACAUUUGAUGAUUUAUCAGAAGGUCAGAACUAUGUAUAUUAGGAAUUUUUUUUUUUUUGGGGGGGGG